CUGACAGCGUUGCUGUCUUUGCCUCUAUUCUCAUAGUGAAUAAGGGGGCGCCCGGCGCUAAAACUGCGUCAGGCGAGGAGAGUCCAGACUUGGAAGUGGCGAGGCGGCAAAGCAUCGCCGCCAUGUCGCCGAAAAGCAGACCUGUGACGGCCAAGGGGGAGGAGGGAAGGUGCCCGGUGACUAUCAACAAAGCGCGUCACGUGACAUCAGAGCGAGGCCGUUGAUGACAAUAACAACAAUAGGGGCAAUCGUGAGAGAUCCGGCCAGAGCAGCGGAACGCCGAGCCCACGUCAGGGCCCAGGGAUCCCUCCGCCGCGAGCACACACCACAGGCCACGGAGGCCGAUGCUGCGUUCGCUUCAAGAGAAGCGGUGAGAGGUCCUUCGAGCACCCGGAGCGCUGACAGGAACCCGGAGUCAUGUCUUAUACCCUGGAGGACACGCUGGAGUCGGACUGGGUGGCCGUGAGGCCUAAUGUGUUCGAGGAGAAGGGGAGGCAGAAGUUCGUGUUUAUCGUGGCGUGGAAUGAGGUGGAGGGUAAGUUUGCCAUCACCUGCCACAACCGGACAGCCCAGCGCCAGCGGACCGGGGACAGAGGAGCAUCCCAGAGCCCGGCCAGGCACCCCCGGGGCAGCCCGGACUCCAGCCCAAGUAAGCGGGACAAACCGCAGGCUGCUAGCCCGGCUAAAGCCCCUGGCGAGCCGUCCCGGGAGGAGCAGCAGCAGGAGGAGGACUGUAGCUGGGCCGGCCUCUUCUCUUUCCAGGACCUGCGGGCCGUGCACCAGCAGCUGUGCUCCGUAAACUGCGAACUGGAGCCCUGCCUGCCGGCUUUCCCCGAGGAGCCCUCCGGUAUGUGGUCUGUGCUGUUCGGGGCCCCGGAGAUGGGUGAGGAGGAGGUGGAGGAGCUGUGCUGCCACCUCCAGCGCUACCUCGGCCAUGCCCUGGACACCUGCGGCUGGAAAAUCCUCUCACAGGUCCUCUUCGCCGAGAGCGACGACCCCGAGGAGUAUUACGAGAGCCUGAGCGAGCUGCGGCACAAGGGCUACGAGGAAGUGCUGCAGAGGGCCCGGAGGAGGCUGCAGGAGCUGGUUGAAAAGCACAAGAACACGGAGAGCAUGAUGGAGCUGCUUGCGCUCUAUCAGAUGGAAGACGAAGCCUACGGAGGUCUCGUGGAGGCAACGACAGAAAUGUACCAGUACCUACUGCAGCCGUUCCGAGACAUGAGGGAGCUGGCAACACUGAGGCGGCAGCGGAUCAAGAUUUCCAUAGAAAAUGACUAUCUGGGUCCCAGACGCAUCGAGAGUCUUAAAAAAGAAGAUGCAGAUUGGCAGAAGAAAGCUCACGCGGCCGUUCUUUCUAUUCAAGACCUGACCGUCAAAUACUUUGAAAUCACUGCUAAGGCACAAAAAGCGGUGUUGGAUCGGAUGCGAGCGGACCAGAAGAAGUUUGGGAGGACGGCUUGGGCUGCUGCCGUGGAGCGGAUGGAGAAGCUUCAGUACGGCGUCUCGAAAGAAACCUUACAGCUGAUGCGUGCAAAAGAAAUCUGUCUGGAGCAGAAGAAACAUACACUGAAAGAGGAGAUGCAGGGUUUACAAGGUGGCCCGGAGGCUAUACCUGUGCUGGACCAGUUAGAAGCCGACUAUUACGCUCAUCAGCUCCAGCUCUAUGAAGUGCAAUUCGAGAUUCUAAAGUGUGAAGAGCUGCUGCUCACGGCUCAGCUUGAAAGCAUCAAAAGACAAAUAUCAGAGAGGACAGAUGAAGUGGUGUAUUACGACACGUACGAAAGUAUGGAGGCAAUGCUAUCGACUGAAAACAUGGCAGCCUCUCUUCAUUUACAGAGAGAGGAACUGCAGAAACGUCAACUGAAAGUGCGCCAGCUGGAAGCAAAGCGCGGCCGCAUUUCAGCAAAGAAAGCCUACCUCAGAAAUAAGAAGGAAAUUUGCAUUGCAAAACACAAUGAAAAGAUUCAGCAGCGUCUUCAUAGUGAUGAGAAAUACCAAGAACAUCACGCUGCGCAGCUACAGCAAGAUGAAGAGGAACAAAAAAGCAUAUGGGUUAGUGAAGAACGGCAAAAAACGCUGGACAGACUGCGCACGUUUAAACAGCGUUAUCCUGGGCAAGUGAUUCUUAAAUCAACGAGGCUCCGUUUGGCUCAUAGCCGAAGAAAAGCCACUGCACACGUAACCCCCAGCGUUGAUGAGCCGCAAUCCCUCUCCGUCGGUAUUCAGACACAGGGGAUAUCUGAUGUGGGAGGACAAGAAGUGCUCCAGCCUCUGAAGGACAAGAAUCUUGAGAGCCUAGGAAAACUUGAAGAUAAUUCAUUACCUCCUGAUCUCAUUACCUCUGGACUGCCACAGAUGACUUCUCUCCCUAUCCUCACCCAGGAAAAACUUGAACUUGAAAUAAACACUGUGCAACUUCAUUCACUUCCCACGGCUGCUCCAGCACUGCCACCACCUCCUCCACCGCUACCACCUCCAAAGGAGGAAAUGGAACCAUUAGAGAUUAGAGUCAUUCACGUAAAAAAAGAGGCCGAUGAAUCUACAGACAUAAAAUCCGCAAGUGUCCCGUUAUCAUUUGACAGCAGCCAGCUUCUCAGUGCCAGAAAAAAACUGAAAAAAACAGGAGCUUUGGAGGGCAUACAGAGACGGAAAGUAAGUUCACCAAUGGAUGAAGUACUCGCUUCCCUGAAACGUGGCAGUUUUCACUUGAAAAAGGUGGAGCAGAGAACUUUAGCCCCAUUUCCAGAUGAAGAUGACGGCAAUAAUAUUUUGGCACAAAUAAGAAAGGGGGUUAAGCUGAAAAAGGUGCAGAAGGAGGCGUUACGAGAAUCUUUCACGCUUUUGUCGGAUGCCGAUCCGUUGACCCGCAGCAUUCAUGAAGCCCUCCGUCGAAUUAAGGAAGCGUCACCAGAGUCUGAAGAUGAAGACGAGAGUCUGCCUUUCACAGACUGGGAGAAUUAGCUGGUAAUGUUUCCCUAAAACUGGUAGAGCUUAAUAUAAUGAGGCAACAUGUAUAAUACUGAAUGCAAGACG